GGAUCGCACCUCCAAUUUUCCGAAAUAAUAAGUUGAAACUUAAAACUGCAUCCCAGUCGAAGGAUCUAGAAACCCUAAUGACCUCCUAUAUAAAAGCUCACUUUGCCCCAACCUCUGCUCAGCCUCUGAUUCUCUAAACCCUAGUUGCGUCUCAGCUUCCCAUCUGCUCUUUCUUCUUCCUCUUUUUCUUACGCGCGGAGAGAGUGUGAGAGAGAGAAAUGACGGAAGCGGAGACGUUUGCAUUUCAGGCUGAGAUCAACCAGCUCCUGAGCUUGAUCAUCAACACCUUCUACAGCAACAAGGAGAUCUUUCUUCGCGAGCUCAUCAGCAACGCUUCCGAUGCUCUGGACAAGAUCCGUUUUGAGAGCUUGACGGACAAGAGCAAGCUAGAUGCUCAGCCAGAACUUUUCAUUCACAUUAUUCCUGACAAGACCAACAACAGCUUGUCAAUCAUUGACAGUGGAAUUGGGAUGACCAAGGCUGAUUUGGUAAACAAUCUUGGAACCAUUGCAAGGUCUGGGACAAAGGAGUUCAUGGAAGCCCUUGCUGCUGGCGCUGAUGUCAGCAUGAUUGGGCAGUUUGGUGUUGGUUUCUACUCAGCCUACCUGGUUGCUGAGAAGGUCAUUGUUACCACCAAGCACAAUGAUGAUGAGCAGUAUGUCUGGGAAUCCCAGGCUGGUGGGUCAUUCACUGUUACCAGAGACACCUCUGGUGAUAACCUCGGCAGAGGUACCAAGAUAACUCUCUUCCUUAAGGAAGACCAGCUUGAAUACCUGGAGGAGCGCAGGCUCAAGGAUCUGAUUAAGAAGCACUCUGAGUUCAUCAGCUACCCGAUCUCUUUGUGGGUUGAGAAGACUACUGAAAAGGAAAUUUCAGAUGAUGAGGAUGAGGAAGAAAAGAAGGAAGAGGAAGGAAAGGUUGAGGAGGUUGAUGAAGAGAAGGAGAAGGAGGAGAAGAAAAAGAAGAAAAUCAAGGAGGUGUCCCACGAGUGGUCUUUGGUGAACAAGCAGAAGCCCAUCUGGAUGAGAAAGCCAGAGGAGAUCACAAAGGAAGAGUAUGCUGCAUUCUACAAGAGUCUCACCAAUGAUUGGGAGGAGCACUUGGCUGUCAAACACUUUUCUGUGGAGGGCCAACUUGAGUUUAAGGCUAUUCUCUUUGUACCAAAGAGGGCACCUUUUGAUCUCUUUGACACAAGGAAGAAGCCGAACAACAUUAAGCUUUAUGUCCGCCGUGUCUUUAUCAUGGACAACUGUGAGGAGUUGAUCCCAGAAUAUCUUGGAUUUGUGAAGGGUAUUGUGGACUCUGAGGACCUUCCUCUCAACAUUUCGCGAGAGAUGCUACAGCAGAACAAGAUCUUGAAGGUUAUCCGCAAGAACUUGGUCAAGAAAUGCGUGGAGCUCUUCUUUGAAAUUGCUGAGAACAAGGAUGACUACAACAAAUUCUAUGAGGCUUUCUCUAAGAACCUGAAGCUUGGCAUCCAUGAGGACUCCCAAAACAAAACAAAGCUUGCUGAACUGCUCCGUUACCACUCUACUAAGAGUGGGGAUGAGUUAACCAGCCUGAAGGACUAUGUGACAAGGAUGAAGGAGGGCCAGAAUGAUAUCUACUACAUUACUGGUGAGAGCAAAAAGGCUGUGGAGAACUCCCCAUUCCUGGAAAAGUUGAAGAAGAAGGGAUAUGAGGUUCUUUUCAUGGUUGAUGCCAUUGAUGAAUAUGCUGUGGGUCAAUUGAAGGAAUUUGAGGGAAAGAAGCUGGUCUCAGCAACCAAGGAAGGCUUGAAGCUGGAUGAGAGUGAGGAUGAGAAGGAAAAGAAGGAAGCUCUCAAGGAGAAGUUUGAGGGUCUUUGCAAGGUCAUCAAGGACGUGUUGGGUGACAAGGUUGAGAAGGUCAUUGUUUCUGACCGUGUUGUGGACUCUCCCUGCUGUUUGGUUACUGGGGAGUAUGGAUGGACUGCUAAUAUGGAGAGGAUCAUGAAGGCGCAGGCCCUCAGAGACUCGAGCAUGGCUGGGUACAUGUCAAGCAAGAAGACCAUGGAAAUCAACCCAGAGAAUCCCAUCAUGGAGGAACUCAGGAAGAGGGCUGAUGCUGAUAAGAAUGACAAGUCUGUUAAGGACUUGGUCUUGCUGCUUUUUGAGACUGCUCUCCUCACGUCUGGGUUCAGCCUUGAUGAUCCCAACACCUUCGGAAACAGGAUCCACAGGAUGCUGAAGCUCGGUCUGAGCAUUGAUGAAGAUGCUGCGGAAGCUGAUGUGGACAUGCCUCCUCUUGAAGAUGUUGAGGCCGAUGCUGAGGGCAGCAAGAUGGAGGAAGUUGAUUAAACUUAAUUUUAAUUUUUUUUGCCAAACUCCCUAUAUUAGUUCUUAUUGUUAGAUGCUGUGGUUUUGUGUUUUUUUCUCCUGUUUUUCUUUAAUGGUUGCGCGGUGGCUCCAGUGGAGAAAUUAGUAGUACACAUUUUAGUCACCCUCUUGUUAUGUUGCUGUCUGGUAAUCAUUUUGGCAUGCAUAGUAGUACUCCUUUUUCUGUUUUUUUGUGGUUAAUACAUAAUGCAAUGCACCUUUGUUGUGUUUCAA